AUGCUGGGAUACCAAGUGGAAGCAAGGCUAGAACAACAAAGGAGGGAAUGGAAUUCAACGGUUAACUAUACGACAAUAAGAUCAAUAGAAUUAGGCGGACUUAAAAAAUACUCCCUCUAUGUGGUCAGUGUGUACGGAGUGACUCGACGAGGGAGGGGACCACCUGGUGUUUUAACUGUGCGAACAGACGAGGAUGGUAAGAUUAAUAAUAAUAUUAAUCAAUAAUAAUUAAAAAUAAUGAUAAUGGUAAUUUCCCUCGCGGGGAUUCCACCCAGAAGGCGAGGAGGAAUUUUAGUAAAUCGCCCGCAUAUGUUAUAGUUCAAUUUUAUCCUUGCUUUAAAUUUUAUUUUCUGUUGUUGCAAACUCAUUAUUAUACAUUACCAUUCCCAAAAACAAAAAGGAAAUAAAAUUUAAACUUAGGAUAAAAUUGAGCCACUCAGAUAUUUUGGAAAGUACUUACAGUUGAAACAUGCAGUCACCAUACUAGGAAAAAUCUCGGUUUCUAAAACAGGGACCGCAAGGAAUCGUUGGGUAACGAUGACGUUCCGCGAGUAUGAAAUCGUUAGGAAUGACAUAACACAGAAGAUACCUGAAGGGAUCGCUUGGGUUGAUUUUGUGAUGAUUGUCGCGCGCAUGAUUUAAGGAAGUAAAACACGUCCGUACGUUUCCUUAUGGCCUAGCCUCAACGAUGUUAAAACGCCUAUGGGGAUGUGGACUAUUUGAUGCGUUUUUAUUACCACAUAAAGAAAAAAGCAUGAGUCUACCGACAUGCCCUGACUUGCGUUAAAUACACUGGUUGCACAAACGCCAAUUAAGGAAAUGUGCUGCCAUCCGUUAACUAACGGCAUGAUAUGGUCUUUCGUUUUCAUGUUUUUAACGUCAGUAAUAUCUACAAUACAUUGGCAGUACUAAUUCAGACUUUGUCAUUAAAAUAUUCAGAUUGUACAAAUUUAAAAUCGAUAGCAAUGCUUUGGAGUAACUCGGUACCACUAUUCUAGUUCCAGACCGCCCUCCAAGUGAGAUAACAGCAAAAGCCCUGGAGAAGAAUGUGGUUCAACUUAAAUGGAACCCAGUCUCUCCGAAAAAUACCAAUGGAAAGGUUCUUGGGUACCGAGUGUUCUACAGUGAUGUUCAAAACAAGUCACGAGCUAACAGUACCGUAGCUGGACCAAAAGAAACUAAUUUAAUAAUUAACGGAUUGAGAGCUGGUACAAAUUACAGCUUCCAGAUGCUUGCUUUCACCUCUAAGGGCAACGGUGCCAUCAGUGCAAGCUACUUUGCUAGAACCUCUUCAGGUAUAGAACCACAUACUUACAUCUUCAAAUAUAGCAAACCCAACACCGGGUUUAAAACUCAGAAAUGCCAUAUUCAAAUAUGAAUAAAUGAUAACUCUAUAACUCUGGUGCAUGCUUUUUUCACAGAACUCAGACAGAUUGCCAACGACUACAGAUCACCAAGCAGGACAACAGGGCUAGGUAUCCCAAGCUUAGAAAUUUGACUGCAAGUUGUGCCAAAAACAUAUCUUUCAGUUUGAAUUCUCCCCGGCAGUCGACUCAAAGAUGAUUUUUCUUACAUAUAUUUCGUGUGACAGGAACUGGAGCUACAGUAGCAGCAAGCGUCGUACCUGGUAUAUUUGCUCUCGGAGCGGUUUUCCUUGCAAUCCAUUUCGCCAAGAAGAGAGGGUUCCUGACCUUUAACGACAGAAAUAGUAAGUAGAUUUUGAUAGAAAUUGUAAGUGAUAUGAUUUGGAGCCAAGCUAUGGAGCUAAGAGACACCUUUGGCUUCAUAAGGGCGCUUUAAUACACCUAAUUUCUGUUACAAUUUCUGUACUCUUUAGAUUUUUCCGAUUACUACUUACAUUUUCAGAUUUUCUUAAUUGUCUGACUGUUUGCUGUUCUAAUUUUAGAUCUCAAUAACCCGAUUUUACUGUCGUAUUUGACAGAAAUAUGAUGUUAAUAGGCGCACGCAGAUUGUUCAUCACAAAUAACCAUUCACGCUGACUUUUCAUUCAAAUUUACUUAAAACUUCUUAUGGUUUGACUUGUCAGCCUGAAUUUCAUACGAUUACUUCGAGUCGUUCUUACUCCCUGAGUAACUGAGGGAGUAAAAACUACUCGAAGUAAUCGUCUGAAAUUCAGGCUAUUGACUUAUUUCUGCCAUUAGUAAAUUAACAUUUGCUUUUGCAGAUUUAAUUCCUACUAUAACACCAUACGCUACAUCACCACCGGACUGGAUUGAUAGAAUCAUUGCUAAUAGACACGGAUACGAAACACUUGAUGAUGAAAAUGUUCCCACCACACCUCGUCGCCAUCCCUACAUCAACAUUGCUCCUGAUGGCUCCCUAAACAUUCCUCCGUUCUUGAGGGACAUCGUAAUUGAGUUUGAACAAGCGUAUGAAAACACGCGCUACAAAAGGCUUCAAAGGUUAGUACAAUAUAUAAUAAGGAUACCCGUUUGCCGCAAGAUAACUUCUUAAAAUUAGGUGAUAAGGAAAGUCGUGUUGCAGCUUUUGUUUUGAGAUUUUCAGUUAUGGGCGGGUUUUGUCAUAAGGAAAAGACCGGCCAGGCAGACUAUCCAAAGUAAAAUGGAUCCGACAACAACAACAACAACAACAACAACAACAAUCUUUUUGCGGUUUGAAUUAAAAUCGGAAAAGGAUCUACCAGCAAAUAGCAAUAGCUAAUCGAGGCAGGUACAUAGAUUAGUACCAAAUACAAUAGAUAACAAAGUUAAGGUUUCGGUACAAGAAAGUGGAACAAAUAUCACGAUCCAACUUGUGCGCAUCAGACCUCCUCAAGGACACUGUCUGAUCUAUAGCACUGACCAGUUUUUCAUGGAUUCUACCCUGAUCAUUCUUGAGUGGUCGGACGUUUUGGUUACUCUCCGGUAAAAUGAGACUUAAAAAAAGAAAUUCUGAGAAUGAAAUGGUCCCUUACUAUUCGAUCAGAACAUAUCUGAAGGAUCGAGUUAGAUGGGUCAAAGGGGACCAUUGUCGAAAGUGAAACGAAGCCUUCUAUCGGAAUUUCGGCAAAAUGAGAACCAUGCACCUUUGUUUCCUAGAUAUAAAGGAAAUGCCAAAGCCUCUGCGAACAAUAAUCCCUGACUGGUACAAAAAAUCUGACAUCACUAAUCAGUCAUAAUGUUAUGGAGGUAUGUUUAUUUUUGCAGAAAACGAAGAUCCCUUGAACAAAUCGCAGAGAAAGAUGGCAAACCCAAAUACGAUAAGCUAGACAGAGGGCUACCUUACUACAAUGCUUUGCACCAACAGAAUAACGACAGCCUCAACGUUCCCCCAGGAUUUACUACUACGGAGACUUUAAGAGACAACAACAACCACUCUAUCGAUUUGAGUGAGCUACGAGAGUUUAUGCGGGCUUCUGAACGUGAUGUUUGCAGUAAGGAGAUGAUAAAGAUGGGCGUUGCAGAACAUUCUUAUUCAACGAAUUUUCAUCGCCGUCGUUUCUCGGUUGACCUGGGUGAAGUGAGGGAAUUUAUUUCACUCAGAGAAAUGAGGAUUCAUUCAGAAGAUGAAAGCACAGUAUGA